UCUCUGUAUAUCAACCAUGAUAUCAACCCGUCAACUAACGCUGUUGUUGUUAUAAUUUAUACUAAUAUCUAAAUAUCAGUAAGAGGAAAAAUUACGUUUAGAUAUUAAUUAAUCUGGACAUCGGUCUUUGGUAGCGAAACCGGAAGUGCUGGAAACCUUAACGGAAUUCGCAGAGCUGUGUGUUAUAGCAUCAGAAGAGAUCAGAGUCAUCCUUGAAGAGUGAGCGGUCAAUGGAUCCACCAACAGAAAUGAAGAGAUGGCCUGACCAAAAGUCAGUCAUAACCGAACCCGUCUGUAAGAAGAUGAAGUUUGAGCAGUCUGUGAAUCAACCAGAAUAUUUGUAUCCUGAAUUCAGCCGUAAACUUAAUGAAGUCCUGAACACAUUUAAAUCAAAUCUGAAAGAGAACUUUAAAUGUUUGUAUCCAGGAACAUCAAAGCAGAGAAACUUAACACUACUGAACGAGAUCUACACAGAGCUCAACAUCACAGAGAUUAAAAGUGGAGAGGCAGAGGAGACACCAAUCAAAUGUAAUGACAUCUUUAAACCUUUACCUGAACAACACAAACACAUCAGAAGUGUGCUGACAAAGGGAGUUGCUGGCAUUGGAAAAACAGUCUCUGUACAGAAGUUCAUUUUGGACUGGGCUGAAGAGAAAGAGAAUCAGGACGUCCACCUCAUAUUUCCACUUCCUUUCAGAGAGAUCAAUUUGAUGAAGGACAAAACACUCAGUCUAUUAGAGCUUCUUCAUCUUUUCUUCCCAGAGACAAAAGAAAUGGAAAUCUUCAGUGAUAAAUAUAAAGUGUUGUUCAUCUUUGAUGGUUUGGAUGAGUGUCGUCUGUCUCUGGAUUUUCACAGCAGUGUGAGGUUGUGUGAUGUAAGUGAAUCAACCUCAGUGGACGUGAUGCUGACAAACCUCAUCAAGGGGAAUCUGUUUCCCUCUGCUCAUAUCUGGAUCACCUCCAGACCAGCAGCAGCUGAUCUCAUCCCCUCUGAGUGUGUUGAUCGAGUCACAGAGGUACAAGGCUUCAGUGAUCCACAGAAGGAGGAAUACUUCAGGAAGAGAAUCAGUGAUGAGAGUCUGUCUGAUCAAAUCAUCUCACACCUGAAGUCAUCCAGGAGUCUCUACAUCAUGUGUCACAUCCCAGUGUUCUGCUGGAUUUCAGUCACUGUUCUAGAGAGAAUAUUGAGUAAAUCAAACAGAAGAGAGAUCCCCAAGAAUCUGACUGAAAUGUACACACACUUCCUGAUCAUUCAGACAAACUUCAAACAUCAGAAGGACUAUGAGAAGAAAGUAAAGGAUGAAGAUGUGGUCAUCAAACUGUGUAAACUGGCUUUUGAGCAUCUUGUGAAAGGCAAUCUGAUCUUUUAUGAUGAAGACCUGAGAGGUUGUGGCAUUGAUGUAAAGGAAGCAUCAGUGUACUCAGGAUUGUUUACUAAUAUCAUCAGAGAGGAGUUUAAUUUGUAUAUGAGGAAAGUUUACUGCUUUGUUCAUCUUAGCAUUCAGGAACAUCUAGCAGCUCUACAUGUGCACCUUACAUUUAUAAACAAGAACAUAAAUGUGUUGACUGCAUUUCAAACAAAUCAAAGACGUAAGCUUUCAACACUUCAUCUGUAUCGGAGCGCUAUAGACCAGGCUGUAAAGAGUAAAAAUGGACAUCUGGAUCUUUUCCUUCGUUUUCUUCUGGGUUUGUCGCUGGAUUCGAAUCAGAAUCUCAUAGGUCUGAGAAUACAGACAGGAUGCAGCUCUCAGGGCAAAACAAAAAUAAUCAAAUUCAUCAAGCAUAUCAUCAGGAGCAAUCAAUCUCCAGAGAAAUGCAUCAAUCUAAUUCACUGUCUGAAUGAACUGGGUGAUCCUUCACUAUUAAAUGAAAUCCCACAGUAUCUGAAGUCUGCAUUAAGUAAAGCCACACUCUCUUCAUCUCAGUGGUCAGCUUUAGGUUUGGUGAUGCUGACAUCACAAAAGGAGCUGAAAAGGUUUGACAUGAAUCAGUUUGUUGAAGAAAGCAAAGCUGAAUCACUGAAAGUUCUUCAGAAGCUGCUGCCUGUUAUUUUUGAAUUCAGAAUAAUUGAGUUGGAGUGUUGUAAAAUCACAGUUGAAGGUUGUGUUGCUCUGACUUCAGCUCUGACAUCAAACCCAUCACACCUGAGAGAUUUGAAUCUGGCUUAUAAUAAAUUUGGAGAUUCAGGAGUGAAGGUGAUCUCUGAUGUACUGAAGAAUCCUGACUGUAAACUGGAUCUACUGUGGUUGAUGGAUUGUAAUAUCACAGAUGAAGGUUGUGUUGCUUUGUCUUCAGCUCUUAAAUCAAACCCAUCACACCUGAGAAAACUGAAUCUGUCUAAUAAUAAUCUUGGAGAUUCAGGAUUGGAGCAUCUCUCUGCUGUACUGGAGGAUCCUCAAUGUAAACUGGCGCAUCUCUGGAUUCAUGAGUGUAAUAUCACAGAUGAAGGUUGUGUUGCUCUGUCUUCAGCUCUGAGAUCAAACCCAUCACACCUGAGAAGACUGGGUCUGUCUAAUAAUAAUCUUGGAGAUUCGGGAGUGAAGCUGAUCUCUGCUGUACUGGAGGAUCCUCGCUGUAAACUGGAGAAACUGAAGUUGCAUAAUUGUAAUUUCACAGAUGAAGGUUGUUUUGCUCUGACUUCAGCUCUGAGAUCAAACCCAUCACACCUGACAGAAUUUGUUUUGAGUGAUAAUAAUCUGGGAGAUUUAGGAAAGAAGCUGCUGUCUGAUCUGGUGAAUGAUUCAGAUUACAAACUGAAUAGACUAAGGUUCUCUGACAGCAGAAGUAAAAGUAACAAAGCAGAAAAGGAGAAAGAGAGACUUACGUCAACACAAUCAACCGAGACGUGAAGAAGACAUCCUGAUCUCACUGUGUGUGUGUGUGUGUGUGUGUGUGUGUGUGUGUGUGUGUGUGUGUGUGUGUGUGUGUGUGUGUGUGUGUG